UCCAAGGCUCCGGCCCUUCUCCCGAGCACAAUUUCACAUGACGCAACGGCUGCGGGAAGCGGUUCGCGAGCCGUGCCCGCCGCCGCCAUUUUGUGAGCGCGGAGACUGAGCCGGCGGCGGCCCGAGGAGCGGCGCAACCGGCAGCGCAGCCAGCGGGAACCUCAGCGUGGAGGAUGCGGUAGAGGAGCCCAGCGGCAGCGGCGGGGGGGCGGCAUCGGCAUCGCUCGGCUGCGGCGGCGGGGGAUCGCGGGGAGGGGGCUGUCGGUCGGUGGGUCGGGUCCUGGUCGGAGCAGCAUGUCGGCCCCGGAGAGCAGCGCUGGCAGCAGCGAGGCCCGGGAGGACGCGUGCCGCGACUACCAGUCGUCGCUGGAGGACCUGACGUUCAACAGCAAGCCGCACAUCAACAUGCUGACCAUCCUGGCCGAGGAGAACGUGCCCUUCGCCAAGGACAUCGUCUCCCUGAUCGAGGCGCAAAUCGCCAAGGCUCCUGCAUCAGAGAAGCUACCCGUUAUGUACCUAAUGGAUUCCAUUGUCAAGAAUGUGGGAAGAGAGUAUCUCACAGCAUUUACUAAAAACCUAGUUGCAACAUUUAUUUGUGUAUUUGAAAAGGUGGAUGAAAAUACUAGGAAAAGUUUAUUUAAAUUACGCUCCACAUGGGAUGAUAUUUUUCCUUUGAAGAAACUAUAUGCACUUGAUGUCAGAGUCAACUCAUUAGAUCCUGCCUGGCCAAUUAAACCUCUGCCCCCAAAUGUGAAUACUUCUAGCAUCCAUGUGAAUCCUAAGUUUUUAAAUAAAUCGCCAGAGGAAUCUAAUGCACCUACCUCUGCUGUCACUUCUGGUGCCUCUACUCCUCCAGCUGUUCCUGAAAUACAAAAGAAUUUGACACAGGAGCAACUGAUAAGGCAGCAAUUGCUUGCAAAGCAAAAACAGUUGCUAGAACUUCAGCAAAAAAAACUAGAGCUGGAGCUGGAACAGACUAAAGCACAGUUGGCUGUAUCUCUUAGUGUUCAGCAGGGAUCAUCUAGUAUAGCUUCAGUUCCAGCACCUUCCAAGCAACACAUGUCUCCCACACCUCAUAUGACAGUUAAACCACCUCAUCAAUCUGCUGUGCAAUCUGAUAAAAACAAACCAUCCCCAAGUCCUCCACUUCAUGAUAUCAAAAUAGUGAACAGGGAUCCUCGGCUUAAUAGAAUGGGUCAGCAUUCUUCUCAUACUAAAGAUCAAUCUCACCGGAAAGAAUUUUCACCGAGUGUGACCAGUCAGUCUGAGACCAAGGGAAACAAAACAGCACAGGCUGAAAAACAGAACUCAACGAAGUCAGAGAAAUCAAAAGCAAGUGAAAAAACACAGAAGAAAGAACUUGAACAGUCCAAAGCAAAAUCUAAAUCUCCAUCCCCUUUGAAAAAUAAGCUGCCCGAUAGUAAAGACUGCAAAAACCAGGAAUGUGAAAGUGCUAAGGUUUCUGACAUCAGUAAGCGGGAUCCAAGACUGAAAAGACAUCUUCAGGAUAAGUCAGAAGGGAAGGAAGAGGAGGUCAAAGAAAAGAGGAGAACUACAGAGAAGAAAGAAAAAGAGGAGCAUAAGGCUUGUGAACAUAGACCAGUAGGGAGCAGAAAUAAAGUGAUUAAUGGUGCUGUUCAGAAACAAGACACAACUACAGAGGAGUCAGAAAAACAGGGUGGGAAACAAGGAAGAUCAAGUAGUAGAAAACGGUCACGAUCACGCUCUCCUAAGGCAAGAUCACCAUCUACGCACUCUCCAAAAAGACGAGAGAGGAGAUCACCUAAAAGAAGACUUCGGAGUUUAUCUCCUACUUCAUCAACUCCUAAAAUUGGAAAGAUACGUCAGAUAGGCCCUAAGCAAUCUCAUGUUGAAGAAGGCACACAAGCAGCAAGAGAUGAAAGAAAUUCUAAUAAGAGAAAUGUUAAACAGGAGGUGCGUGAUCCAAGGAGAUUGAAGAAAGCCCAAGAGGAAAGACCCCAAGAGACAGCCACCCAGCAUUCUGCAAAAGCUUCUCCAGAUCCAAAGGAGAAUGCAGAAAACUGGCAGGGAUCCAAAUCAGGCAAGAGGUGGAAAUCUGGUUGGGAAGAAAGUAAAAACUCACAGCAGAAUGAUGAACACCAAGCACUUGUUAAAUCCCCUCACCAAAGACAUCGUGAAAACUGGCCUGCUGGUAAAGGAAUUCUAUCACCCCGAGCACCAAAGCAGCAGCACCGGUUAAGUGUGGAUGCCAAUUUACAGAUUCCCAAAGAACUGACAUCUGCAAGUAAAAGAGAAUUACUUAAGAAGGCUAAUGACCGCUUAACAUCUGGUGAAAUAACACAAGAUGAGUUUCUCAUGGUAGCUCAUCAGAUCCGACAGCUGUUCCAGUAUCAGGAAGGAAAGCACAGAUGUAAUGUCUGGGAUAGCCCUACAGAGGAAAAAUGUGGUUUGAAAAAGAAACCUCUUCUGUCGGAUGCAGAAUUAACAUAUUAUGAACAUAAAGCUAAACUAAAAAGGACACAAGUUCAGCAUUCAUUGUCAAGGCUUGAUCUGUUGGAUCCUGAUGAUAUUUUGGAUUAUCAUAUACCUGAUGCAUUGCUUUCUGGAAUAGAAUGUGAGCAGGCAAUAGCCAAGCGGGGGGUACAGUUUGACAGAAAAGAACCAUUUGCAGAAAGAUCAAGGAGACACUCUCCUGUAAGUGGCACUACAAGACCAUUUCCUGAAAACCUGUCACCGCUUGAGAGUCGACGAAGACUUGAAGAGCAGCGUGCUACUAAAGGAGCAAGAGGUUCUGAUCCUUAUGACAGCUGGGGAGAGUCGGAUGAAUUUAGAGAUGCUCUCAGACAACAGGGGAAAAGCACAGCAGAGUUCCAGAAAACAGAUGGAGAUGCACUCUGUAGGUUUGAUAAUCGUGAAGAAAGACAGCUUCUUGGGCAAGCUGGUGUUCGAGAGGAACCAAGGUCACCGUUCACUGAACGUUUCAAAAGGGCUAGGUAUGAAGAUCCAGAGAAAGCACCAUUUCCAGAAAGUGCAGGAUCAAGAUUUGGAGGUAUUGAAGCAAAGCAGAGGAUAAGUGCCCUGAUGGAAGACAGACCUCUGUUUGAUGGCUCGCCUAGACCAACUGCUGCAAGGGUUGGGGUUGAUGGACAAGGCAGUCCUUUUGUUGAUGGUCCUGCUGCUGGUUCAAGUUCCAGAAUUGAUGGGCCAGCUGGACAGGCUGCUAUGAGAUUUGAGGGGCCUUUGGUCGGGACAGGUGCAUCUCAGUUUGAUGGACCACUGGCAGGAGCAGGGGGAGCUGGAGCCUUAAGAUUUGAUGGGCCACCAGGGCAGCUGGCGGGGUCCCUGAGAUUUGAGGGACCCCCAGGCCAGGUUGGUGGAGGAGGCCCGCUGCGGUUUGAGGGACCUCUUGGGCCUUUGCGGUUUGAGGGGCCUGCAGGGCAGCCUGUAGGUGGUGCUAGAUUUGAAGGUCCUGGAGUUGGUCUCAGGUUUGAGGGUCCUCAUGGUCAGCCUUCAGGUGGUCUCAGGUUUGAGGGACCUCAUGGUCAACCUAUGGGGCCUCGGGGUCAACCAGGGGGUGGUCUCAGGUUUGAGGGACCCCAUGGUCAGCCCUUGGGGCCUCAUGGUCAACCAGGGGGUAGCCUCAGGUUUGAGGGGCCACAUUUACAGCCAUUGGGGCCCCAUGGACAACUUGGAGGUGGCCUCAGAUUUGAGGGGCCACAUGGUCAGCCCAUGGGGCCACAUGGGCCAUCAAGUGGUGGGCUCAGGUUUGAGGGGCCACAUGGACCUUCAGGUGGUGGGCUGAGACUGGAAGGACCACGUGGUCAGCCGGGUCUAGGUCCUAGGUUGAUUGAUGGACCAGUACACCAGGGAGCUGGUGGACUUAGAUUUGAUGGUCCUCUUGGUCGGGCUGGUCCAAGAUUUGAUGGCUGUCAUGGAGCUGGAUUUGAUGGUCAGCCUGGACAGCUGUCUCUGCUGCAAAGAUUUGAUGGAAUUCAUGGACAGCCUGGUCCAAGGUUGGCACCUGGCCAGCAGGCACAAGCAAGAUUUGAAACAGCCAUACCUCAAAGAUUUGAUGGACCUCACCAGCCAGCCUCUAGAUUCGACUUGCCCCUUGGCCUUCAGGGAGCACGUUUUGAAAAUGUAGCUAACCAUCCUGCCUCAAGACUAGAAAUGUCACCAUAUGGACAAGGCGGUCCGUUUGUUGAACAUCCUGGCCAGGGCUACAAUGGACCAGCUCAUGGAAUGCAGUUCCAGAGACCUGAUAUAUUUGAUGGUUCACCCGGACCAAAUUUCAAUGGGCCAGCUGGCCCAGGAGCACAGAACUUCUCACUGAGAGCAGCUGGACAUUACUUCGAAGAAAAAGGUCUCCAGGGUCCUCAAUAUGGAAAUUUCAGUAAUAUGCCAAUGGGAGGUAAUCAGGUUUCUCUCCUGUCUGCUCAAGCAGGACCUUAUGGCCAAGGUCAGCAGUAUUUGCCAAACCCUGGAAGUUUUGUCCAGAACCCUGCAGGAGCCCUUUCCCAUUCAUAUCCUGAUAACCACCUUGGACAGGUUGAUGUGAAUGAAUUGUUUGCUAAACUGCUGAAAACAGGGAUCCUCAAAUUGUCUAAAACUGAUUCCGCUUCAGCACAAGCGAACGAAACAUCAGCCCAGCCGAAUGCUGAAGAAGAAGAUGAUGAUCAGAAUGAAGAUCAGAAUGUUCCAGACCUCACUAACUUCAUAGUCGAAGAACUUAGACAGCGGUAUGAUAGUGUUAUAAAUCGUCUGUACACUGGAAUUCAGUGUUACUCCUGUGGAAUGAGAUUUACUACUUCACAGACAGAUGUUUAUGCAGAUCAUUUAGAUUGGCACUAUCGCCAGAACCGGACGGAAAAAGAUGUUAGCAGAAAAAUUACACACAGGAGAUGGUACUACAGUUUAACAGACUGGAUUGAAUUUGAAGAAAUAGCAGAUCUCGAGGAGCGUGCUAAAAGCCAGUUCUUUGAAAAAGCUCAUGAAGAGGUUGUGUUGAAGACGCAGGA